CGUUCGUCUAGCUUGGCUCGUCCCUGUCCGGUACCCUUCUCUCAAGCCGCGCAGUUGUCGAAGUCGAAACUAUCCGCUGCUGUAGUAGAGAUGCUCUCGAUGCGGCCACCCAGCACCACCUUGUCGCGCCCCUUGAUUUGGCCGAGACGGGGUCGCCUCGGGGGAGCCGCCGCGCCGCAAUAUGUUAGCGCCGCGGCACCGGCGCCCGCUCUGGAGCCAGCUGCGCCUCCGGAGAGCGUCUCCUUUCCGAUUCUGGUGAAUGGCUGCACUGGUAACAUGGGGUUAUCUGUCGCUGAGGCUGCUGCUCUGAGGGGCCUUCACCUAGUCCCUGUUUCAUUCAGUAGUAGAGAGAAGGUUGAAAAAACAAUACAAGUUGGACAAACAGACAUUCAAAUAUAUGGUCCUUCUAAAAGAGAAGAUGUUGUUUCAUCUAUUGCUGAUGAAUUCCCAGAUGUCAUUGUUGUGGACUACACAGGACCCAAUUCUGUGAACUCUAAUGCUGAGCUCUAUUGCAAGCUUGGCUUGCCAUUUGUGAUGGGCACAACUGGUGGGAACAAGCAUUUGCUCUACAAGUCAGUGCAAGAUUCAAAAAAUUAUGCACUAAUAUCUCCACAGAUGGGCAAACAAGUGGUUGCAUUUGUUGCUGCUAUGAAAAUCAUGGCUGAGCAGUUUCCAGGGGCCUUUUCAGGUUAUCAUUUAGAGGUUUUAGAAUCCCAUCAAGCUGGCAAGCUGGAUACAUCUGGUACAGCUAAAGACGUGAUUGCUUGUUUUGAGAAACUAGGUGUGUCAUAUGAUAUGAACCGGAUGGUUAAGAUUAGAGAUCCAGAACAGCAGCUUGAGAUGGUGGGUGUCCCUGAAGAACACAUCCAAGGGCAUGCAUUCCAUCUGUAUCAUCUCACUUCUCCUGAUGACAGUGUUUCAUUUGAGUUCCAGCACAAUGUUUGUGGCCGUUCAAUCUAUGCCGAAGGAACUAUUGACGCGGCAAUGUUUCUGCAUAGGAAGGUGCAAUCAAAGGAUUCUAAGAGAAUAUAUAAUAUGGAUGAUGUCCUGCGAGAAGAAACUUGCCAUAAAGCCUACUGAUUAGCUGCUGAUAAAUAAUACUCCCUCCGUUCUUUUUUAUUUUUCGCUGUUUAGUUCAAAAAUAAACUAGCGAGCGACAAAUAUUCAAGGAUGGAGGCAAUAUUAAGCACAGCGCUGUUGUUUUUACCGUUUUUUGUUAGAAUAAUGCACUGCGCACCUUCACCCAUUUUAGACUUUUGUGUAAUUGGGUUGAAUAUGAGAGGUUCAAUAGGAAAAAAAUGACAUGCUUCUAGUGAUGGCAAUCAUAAUUUAAUAUU